AGAUUGAAAACAAACGGUAAGGCAAACUCCACGCCCACGUAAGUAUGAUGCUAGGGCUAUAGAAAAUCCGGACGUUUAGACGCAGACUUCCACAGAGCAACAGAGAGUGAACAACCAAGGUACAACAGGAAACAGAUCCAUUUUGCUAAUGAACACGAUGAGGUGUUUGAUUGCUUUAGGCCUACUAGCAGUGACUGUAGUCACAGCACAAGUGUACGCUGAGGGUGACAAUGAUGAAGAAGUGAAUGCGUUAGAGCUGCUACGGGAGCUGGUAGCACGUCAUGGUACACAGUGUUGGAGGAACACGAAUGAUGAGACCUUUUGUAGCGGUAGAGGUAAAUGUGAAAGAUUACCAGGAGGACGUGGUGAAUAUUGCCACUGUGACAAGGGAUGGGGUGGAAACAAGUGUCAAGACAGAUAUGGAGUAUCACGUGACACAGAUGUGAUGGCAAUGUUACGAGAUCUGCUAGAAUAUUGAAUCUGACGUAACGAUCAAUCUGGUUUCUGCAACUAACUACAAUCAACGUGUUUGCUGACUGAUGAACAGAUGAAUGACGAGUAUAUAGUACAACAGCGAUAUUAGGCCAAAACAUGUUUAGUCUCAACAUAGGCUACAGUAUGUAGUACGUAAAUUAUUAUUAAUAGUAAAAAUAGAAAGAUAAAUACAAAGAAAUGGCAAAUCAAACACAUGUUGAAGAUAUUGUUUCUUUUAGACUACACAAUAUUUUGUAACAGUUAGUAUUAUCUACUGAGAGAUUUGAUUCAAUGGUUUUUUUUUCUGCUCACUUAAUAUAUAUACAAAAAUGCAUGUUGAACAAACAGUCAGUAGCAAUCAAAAUAAAACUAUCCAAAGACACGUAACUUAAGGCAGAACCGCACCUAGAGAAUGUAAUCGGAAAGUGGAGCCGAAAACAACUGGAACGAACGCAAUGAAACUAAUCACUGCAGAAACGAAACAGACACACACACUUCAAAGUUCAAUUUAUUUACUCUGUACCCAUGUGUGCGGUCAAUGAAAAGGAUGACAACCUAUAAAUCUAGGGGUUUCAAAGUCUGAUCAUUUUAGAAUCUAAUAGGUCUAUACUAUGUAGCUUUUUUUUCUUCCCGACGAAGUGUGGUUUUUCUCCCAGCUCGCCACGACGGGGAUGGGGGUUGCAAUCACAAUUGGGUUUUCUGAAGACCGUAGCUAUCGUAGAUACCUUUUGUGCUGCAACAACUAAAACAAGUUCCUCGAAUGCCAAAAUGCAACUUAGUAACGUACAAAUUUGACAAAAAGAUCUGCUGGUUGAUCAACAAACCUAUCUGGAAGCUCUUGAUUUCAUAUUCAUCCUAAUGUCGAAAUACUUUCUUUCGGUAAAAAUAAUUACACUACACAACAACAUUUUUAUACGUUUUCUUUUUACCAUUUUAUUUAACUCAGCAGUUGUAAGUUGCAAUGGUGAUUGUUUCAAAAGUUUCACAGCAUGUGCAGAAAUCGAUUUGUUCAAAUCGAAUGAACUAAAUCAAUAAAAUAAGAAACAAAAUAA